GAGUCGUAGUCCGGAGACGCUUCCUUGGGCCUAGGCGAGCCCGGUGGCCUUCGGAGGCUUCUGGCGACCGAGUGAGUGGCUUUGCUUCCUUCCUUCCUUCCUUCCUCUGUUUCCCGGCUUCCCGGAAAUGGCGACGUCGACGGACCCAGAGCUGGAGGAGUUGCUUGAAAGUGCCCUUGAUGACUUUGAUAAGACCAAGCCCACUGCUGUGCCUCCCUCCUCCGCUGCCACAGUUGGGGACAACAGCAGCAGCAGCGCUGAGAAAUCGCCGGGAGAUGCGGCAAAAGAUUCCCUCUUUGCCUCCCAGGAGAAGUUCUUCCAGGACCUCUUUGACAGUGAGCUUGCUUCUCAGGCCACCGCCGAAUUCGAGAAGGCCAUGAAGGAGUUGGCUGAGGAGGAGCCCCACUUGGUCGAACAGUUCCAGAAGCUAUCGGAGGCGGCGGGCCGAGUCGGGAGCGAUCCCUCAUCCCAGCAGGAGUUUACUUCCUGUUUGAAAGAAACGCUCAGUGGCUUGGCGAAGAAUGCCAAUGACUUGCAGAAUGCGAGUGUGAGCGAGGAGGAGCUGGCGAAGACCAUGGAAGGCCUGGGCCUGGAAGAUGGGGAGGGUGACGGGAACCUCCUGCCCCUCAUGCAAAGCAUCAUGCAGAACCUCCUCUCCAAGGAUGUCCUCUACCCCUCCCUCAAGGAAAUCACCGAGAAGUAUCCGGAGUGGCUCCAGAGCCACCGAGAAUCCCUGCCUCAAGAGCAGUACCAGAAAUACCACCAGCAGCACAGCAUCAUGGGCAAGAUCUGUGAGCAGUUUGAGGCGGAGCAGCCCCUGGAUGGUGAGACGGAGCACAAAGCCCGAUUUGAAAGGAUCCUGGACCUCAUGCAGCAGCUCCAAGACCUGGGACACCCUCCUAAGGAACUUGCUGGAGAAUCGCCACCUGGCCUGAACUUCGACCUUGAGGGGCUGAACCUGCCAGACGCCGCUGGUGCCGGAGGAGAGCAGUGUCGGAUCAUGUGACGUCCCCCUUCUCAACGAGGAGACUGUGGCCAUGGGGGGCCAUUUCUUGGUGGGAUAGCAGUCUUUCCUUGAACUCACCAGGUGCCUGAAGGAGGCUGAGCCAACACUAAUAAGAUGAUAAGUGAUUCGUAUGAAAGCCCAAGAGGGUGUGAGGGUGGCAGAGACUGAUCCCCUCGCCUCUGGUAAGGGCUCUGCUGCUGUUCUGAUGCACCCCUUUUCUGCUGCUGCCUAUUGGCUCCUCCUAAGGAGUCACACAGAUGAAGCCAGAGAGCUAAGCCUCUCUCUCCUAGUCUUUGUUUCCUGGUGGUGGGGGUCAUUUCUUUUUCUUUUGCUGGCAAAGAAGGAGGAGAAAAUGCCCCACUCCUGCCUGGUAGCUGGUAGCUCCUCUUAAGCCAAAGGUAUGGCUUUAUAUACUAGACACUUUGAUGAGGCACACAGAUUAGCCAGGACAAGGCCACCCUCUCCCUUGCCAUCUUGUGUGUACCCUCUGUCCACUUUGGACACACACUUUUUAAUCAAAUCAGCUGCCAUCAAACACCAGUUCUUGCUCAGCGCAAGAAUAGCAAGCGGCUCCUCCUUCCCCCUUCGUAUUAUUGCUGCUGCUUUUAACACCCUGCCUUCGCCUCUUGACUUAAUGCUACCCCUUUCCUGGCACUGUUGGUUAGGAACCAGUUACUUCUCGUAACUUAGAACACAGUGCUUUGGAAACGGAGCUUCCUGGCAGGAGGAAGAACAGGGGAGAAGGAAGAACAGGGUGGACGGAUCACGGUUGGAAGCCAGGUUGGUGGAAGGGAGGGGAGGAGAAAAUAGAGUCAGGUGGCUGGGACUUCUUCCUUUCCUGAGCCUGACGUGAUAUGAAUUGGUAAAAGGCAUUUGUCAAAAUAAAGAUAGACAUUGAUACUUGGA